AUGGCCGCGGUCGAUGUUCUGGCAUUCACAGACAGUUGGACAAGAAGCGCGCAUGGCCUGCCAGUCUUUCAGUGUUUGUCAAGUGCGCCGGUUGAUCGCUCCUUGCGUCACCGACUGAGUCUCAUUGCCCGUGCCUGGGUUGGUCACAAAUUACAUGAAAAUGUCUCUUCUUCGCCAUCACAUCGCAAAGUGGCCGAGAGGCCGCUAAUUGUACCAGAUCAUUCUCCACGAUGGUAUUGUCGCCUCCCUCGAUCUUGCGACUCUUCUGAUCCUACCGACACCACAAUGCCCCUGAAUGGGACCAGCCGUUAUGCCCAUAUGCGAACCCCAGCAUGGCUCAAUCCGUCCCCUCAACCACCAUCAGAUGCCCAGAAAGAACGCCGCCGACCGAAUGAUGCGCUUCUUAACGAUCCUAAUUCCGAUAUCCUCAUCGACUUCAACUCGAACCAAGGUUUCUACGAAGCGGCAAAGAAGAAGAAAACAAAAACACCUUCUGCUCCUCCACCGCCGCCACCGCCGCCUGCGGCUCCACCAGCAGAUGACGGUCAAAAGGAUGAUAAUACCGGAGGAGAUGGAGGAGCCAGUGGAGGAGACGCUGCAGGCGGCGCCGGUGAUGGAAAUGGUGAUGGCAACAGCAACUCGCCCCCAAAGCCCCCCACAACUUUCGAGAAUAUCAAUCUUGGAGAUAACAAACCAGAUCUUGGUUUGAGCCCACCAGAAAACAAGGGCAUUUCCAGUUCAUGGGGUGCGAAAUUGGGGUUUGGUGGUGGAGGAUGGGGCUGGGGCGGAGGAGGGAAAAGCGAAACGGCACCAGCACCAGCACCGGCACCGGCACCGGCGCCGCCACCACCCCAAGAAACCAAGGCCGAAGAGAACCCAUGGGACAAACCUAAAGAUAAAAUAGGAGGAAUUGAAGAAGAUGACGAUGGCUGGGGCUUUGGUGCCAAGAAAGAGAAGAAAAAGGGUUCCACGCUCUGGGGCGCUGAACCCGACGAGGAACCAAAGGAUGGUGAUGAUCCUUGGGGUUGGAGUGGUCAAAAAAAGAAGGGCAAAGCUGGUGGCAUCCUGGAAGAACUUGCCCUCGAUUCCGACACUGCACCUCCCAACGGAAAGAAGGAUAUAUGGGAUACUUGGGGAAUAUCCAAAAAGGACCGGGCCAAGAAGAAGGGAAUCAUGGAGGAAGUUGCUUUGGCAGCUGCACCAGACCCCCCUUCAAUGGAAGAUCAGUGGGGUGGCUGGUCUGGGAAAAAGGAACAUUCACAAAGUUCACUUUGGGGAGCUCAAGAUUCAAUACCCGCACCUGCACCUGACCCCCCUUCGUUUGAAGAUAAGGAUGGUGACGACUUUUGGAGUACCUUUGGCACUGGAAAGGCAAAACCCCCUCCAGAGGAGACGAGUGGAUGGGGAUCAUGGGGUAUAGGAAAGAAAGGUGAGGAUGAAACAAAGCCGCCUAAGACAGAAGACGACGGUUGGGAUCUAUGGGGAACAGGUAAGAAAAAGAAGAAAGCUGGCGACUUGAUUCAAAUAGAGGAUGAUAUUCCUCCUCCCGCCCCCGAUCCCGUCGAGGCUGUUGGCACCGACGACUUCCUCGAUUCUUGGGGUUUUGGCAAGAAGCCCAAGAAACCGGCCGCUGACCCGUUCGAUUUCAAAACUUCCGGCGCCGAUGAUCCUAACGAUGCUUUUUGGGGCUCAAUAGACAACAAGAAGCCUAAUGCACAUGAGUUUCUUAUCGAUGCUACUGGAGACCCAGAGCAAGCCGCCAGAGAAGCUGAAGAGCAAGCCGCUCGCGAAGCUGAGGAAGCCGAGGCCGCUCGCGAAGAUGAAGAGAUUGCCAGUCUCUUGGACAAGAAAUCUAAAAGAGGAGGACGGCUCCUUAAGUCAGAUCGAGAACGUCUUGCUCUUCUUGAAGGGAAUGCCACCCGAAGAGCUGAAGCUCGAGCUACUCGCGAGGCCGAGGCGGCAGCUGCCGCUGAAGCUGCACAGGCCGCCGCUGAUGCUCAAGCAGCAGCUGACGCCGAAGCUGCCGCUUUACAGGCCGCGGAAGACGCUGAAGCAGCAAAGGAGAACGAGGAGGUUGCGACACUAUUGGCGAAAAAGCAGAAACGUAGUGGAAAGUUGCUGAAAAAGGAUCAAGAACGCCUUACUCUACUCGAAGGGAAUGUCUCAAGAAGGGCCGAAGCUCAAGCAGCCCGGGAAGCUGAAGCCAUCGCCGCUGCCCCAGUUGCCCCAGCGGCUCCUGCUGAUGAACCUCUUUCUCAAGAGACAGACCGGGAUGGCCUUGCCACGCAAGCAGCUGCAGAAGCUGACACUGCCCUUGCCACCGAAAUCGCGCAGGAAGAGGCGGAAAUGGAGAGCCUGAAGUCGAAGAAGGCGAAGAAAGGAAAACUUCUCAAAAAAGAGCAGGAACGGCUGAAUUUCUUGAUCGACAAUGCGGCAAAACGAGCCGAGGAUCAAGCAGCUAAAGAAGCAGAAGAACAGGCGGCAAAAGAAGCGACCGAUGCCGCUGCGGCGGCGGCGGCAGCAGCAGCCGAAGCCGAAGCCCAAGCCCAAGCUGCUGCAGACGCCGAGGCUGCAGUUCAAGCUGCUGCAGAUGCUGAAGCUGAGGUAGCUGCCAAGGAAGAGGAGGAAAUGGCAGUGCUGAAAGCCAAGAAAGCCAAGAAGGUCAAGCUAACAAAGAAUGAAACGACUCGAUUAAUGACCUUGGUUGGCAACUCAGUAAAACGAGCUCAGGAAAAAUCUGUCAAAGAGGCUGAGGAAGCAGCCGCGGCGCAGGCUGCUAAAGAAGCCGAGGAGACUGCAGCCCGUGAAGCAGAUGCGCUGGCAGCCCGUGAAGCUGAAGCGACCGCUGCUCGUGAAGCGGAGGCUGUAAUUGCUGCCGAAGAAGAGAAAGAACUUGCAGAUCUCACCGCUAAGAAGAUCAAGCGUGGCGGUAAUCUGAUUAAGAAGAAAGAUGUGGAGCGUUUUAAUGUCCUCACUCAAAGGGCUGCCGAACGAGCCGAACGAGCAGCUAAGCAAGCUGAAAAGAUUGCUGCUGUUGAAGCCCAAGGAGAGCUUGGAGAAGCCGCCCACGGAAAUGCAGAGGUGGUGGUCGAAGCUCAACCCGAACCAGAGCCUGAGCAACCGCUUGUAGACAUAGACGCAGCAUUUGCUGACCCUGAACCUGUUACAGCUCCCGACGCAGCUAUUAUCGCAGAGGAAGAAGCAGAGUUAGCCAGUCUAGACGCAAAGAAGACAAGGAAAGGCAAGCUUGGCAAAAAGGAUACAGAGCGGUAUAAUAUCCUUACAGAAAAUGCUGCGCAACGGCUAGCUGCUAAAGAAGCAGAAGAAGCAGCUGGCGCUGCCGCGGCUGAGGCUGAGGCUGAGGCUGCAAAAGAAGCCGAGGAAGCUGCAGCAGCCGCAGAAAAAGCAGCUACAGCCGCAGCCGCAGCCGCAGCCGCAGCAGAAGCAGAAGCCAUAACAGCAAGCGAAGCUGAAGCUAUCCUGAUUGCUGAUGAAGAGGCAGAACUUGCCACUCUUGCUGCCAAGAAGGCCAAAAGAGGGAAGCUUGUUAAAAAGGACGCCGACCGUUUUAAUAUUCUGACAGAAAAUGCUGCGCAGCGACAAGCCGCUAAGGAAGCAGAAGAAGCAGCAGCCGCCGCCGCUGCAGCGGAGGCUGAGGAGCAGGUUGCAAAGGAAGCAGAAGCCGCAACAGCAGCUGAAUCUGCUGCUGCCAUAGAAGCAGCUGAAGCAGAGGCAGCAGCAGUUCGUGAAGCAGAGGAUGCAGCUAUUGCCGAGGAAGAAGCCGAGCUGGCUGUAUUGACUACUAAGAAAGCUAAGAAGGGUAAGCUUGCAAAGAAAGAUGCUGAUCGAUUUGCUAUUUUAUCAGAAAAUGCAGAAAGGCGAGCUCGAGAAGUAGCCCAGAUUAUCGAGCAACCUGAAGAUCAGACACCGGAACCUGAGACAGAAGUUAACGAACCUUCUCCUGAACCAGCCAUAGAUGAGCUUUCUGCCGAGGCCGAUGACCCUGAUGCUAUUGCAGCUGCUGAAGCAGAAGCCGCUGCUAUUGCCGACGAAGAAUCUGAACUUACUGCUUUGAUUGCCAAGAAGGAGCGAAAGGGCAAGCUUGGGAAGAAAGAUACCGAUCGCUUUAACCUCCUUACUGUCAAUAGCACGGCACGGGCAGAGAAAGCGGCUCAAGAAGAGGCGGCUGCUCAAGCCACUGCUGAGGCUGAAGCAGCCGCGCAAGCUGAAGCUGAACAGGCUGCUGCAGCUGAGGCUGCUGCCCUUGAAGAGGCUGCUGCCAGAGAGGCUGCAGAAGCAGAAGCUCUGCUUAUUGCCGAAGAGGAGGAUGAGUUAGCUGCUCUGACUGCAAAGAAGAAUAGGAAGGGCAAACUUGGGAAAAAGGAUAAUGACCGAUUUGCUACCCUGACAGAGAAUGCAACUCAACGAGCUGAGAAAGCUGCUGCGUCAGAAGUCAUGAAAGAGGCUGUUCUCGAAGUCGAAGAUCUCCCUGCUGAGAAUCCUGCUGAUACUGAAGCCGAUGCUGAAGCAGCCGAGGCCGCCGCUAUCGAGGCUGAAGCAGCUGCCAUUGCUGCUACUAUUGCUGCCGAAGAGGAAGAAGAGCUAGCUGCCUUAAUUACCAAGAAAGACAAAAAGGGCAAACUAGGCAAAAAGGAUAGCGAUCGAUUUGCCUUCCUCACUGAGAACGCCGCCCAAAGAGCCAGAAACGCAAUGCAUGAAGAAGCCGCUGAGGAAGACCAAGAAGCCGCCAUCGCCGAGUCUGAAGAUAUCAAUGAUCACCCAGCCGAUAUCGAGGACUCGCUAUUCGAGAAUGCCCUGGAGCCACCAGUUGUUGAAGAGGAGGCCCCCCCUGAAGAAGAUGAUGCUGCAGCUGCAGAGGCUAUGGCCUUGGUUGCCGCUGAGGAACAAGAAAUUGCAGAUCUAGAGGCGAAGAAAGCAAGGAAAGGCAAGCUGGGCAAGAAGGAUAUGGAACGAUAUACCCUCCUUAUUGAAAAUGCUGCUAAGAGAGCUGAAGAGCAAGCAACCAAAGAAGCCGAGCUCGCUGCUGCUGCUGAGCUCGUUGCCAUCGAGUCUGCUGAAGCUGAGGCUGCUGCUGCUGAGGAAGAGGCGGUGGCGAGAGAAGCCGCUGAAAUUGAGGCUGCGGCAGUAAUCGCCCAAGAGGAAGAAGAGCUUGCUGCCCUAGAAGCAAAAAAGCAGAGAAAAGGAAAGCUGGGACGCAAAGAUACAGAUCGGUUUGACUAUCUUCUGGGAAACAAGGUUGCAAGGGAAGCACAGGUUGCUGAGGAACGAGCUGCAAAGGAAGCCGAAGAGCAAGCACUUCAAGAAGCCGAAGAAGCCGCAGCUGCUGCAGCAGCCGCCGCUACCGAGGCUGAAGAGAUAGCCGCAAGAGAGGCUGCUGAAGCCGAAGCUGCGGCUGUUGCUGACGCUGAGGACGAAGAACUGGCCAUAUUAGCAGCCAAGAAGGUCAAGAAGGGUAAACUAGGACGCAAGGAUACAGAGCGUUUUGAGCAGUUGUCUUCGAAUGUCGCGAAACGAGCCGAGAAACAAGCAGCCCGUGAGGUUGAGGCUGCUGCUGAGGAAGCCCCGGCCGUAGAAGAGCUACUUGGCGAAGAAGAGCUUGAGGAACCAACCCCAGAACCUGAAGAGACUGUCGAAGAAGCCCCCGAAGCCCCCGAAGCCCCCGAAGCCCCGGUUCCCGAUAUUGACGACGAAGCCGCUGCCGAGGCCGCUGCCAUAGCCGCAGAAGAAGAAGCAGAGCUUGCUUCUCUUGAAGCCAAGAAGGCACGGAAAGGAAGGCUUGGAAAUAAGGAUACCCAGAGGUUUACAUUUUUAACCGAAAAUAUUUCAAGGCGCGCUGAAGAGCAGGCAGCAAAGGACGCCGCCGCCGCUGCUCAAGCUCUGGCCCAGACUACCCCAGAAGAUGUUGCUGAAGAAGAAGAUAUUACUGGUCAGGAAGAUGCUGAAGCUGCCGCUAUCGAAGCUGAAGCUGCUGCUAUAGCUGCUACUAUUGCUGCUGAAGAAGAGGAGGAGCUUGCUGCCCUUACUCUUAAAAAGGCGCGAAAGGGCAAACUUGGCAGAAAGGAUACAGAACGCUUUGAUUUGUUAAUGCAUAAUGCAGCUAUACGCGCGGAAGAACGAGCCAUUAAGGAAGCCGAACCCGAUGGUCAGGCCGAAGAAUUGAUACCUGAAGAGGUUGAUGAUAUUCCUGAACCGGAGCCCGAGGAGAACCCUGAUGCAGAAGAAGUAGCUGCCCAAGAGGCAGCCGAAGCCGAAGCCGAAGCCGAAGCUAGAGCUAUUGCUGCAGAGGAAGAGGCAGAACUUGCAGCGCUAAACAAGAAGAAAGCAAAGAAGGGUAAACUGGGCCGCUCUGAUACUGAGCGGUUUAACAUUCUUGUCGACAAUGCUGCAAAGCGUGCCGAAGCUCAGGCAGCCAAGGAAGCAGAAGAGAAUUUAGGAGACGUACCCCGAGCUGAGGAGGAGGAAGACGAUGACUUUGUUGAUGCUGAAGACGGCGAGGAAGAUGAGUUGGCUGAGGAGCUAGAACCUGAAGCCGAGGAACUUGCUGAGCCUGAGCCUGAGGAAGAUGAAACGGCUACAGCUGAAGCUAUGUCAGCUGAGGCAGCGGCACAAGCUGCCGUCAUCGCAGAAGAAGAGGCCGAGUUGGCUGCGUUGACGAAGAAGAGGCUUAAGAAAGGAAAAUUAGGCCGCAAGGAUACUGAAAGAUUUCAAGCCUUGACAGAGAAUUCUGCUAAACGCGCUGAGGAGGCGGCAACCAGAGAUACAGAAGACGCAGCUGCAGAGGUCGAAGCAGAGCUUGGUGAACCCGAACACGAACCCGAACCAGAGCCUGAAGCUGCUGAACCCGAGCCUGAAGAUGAUGGCCUGAAGGAGGCUGAACAAGCGGUAAUCGCUGAGGAAGAGGCAGAACUGGCAGCUUUAAUGAAAAAGAAGGCAAAGAAGGGGAAACUUGGUCGGAAGGAUACCGAGAGAUUUAUCGUCUUGUCGGAAAAUGCUACCCGCCGUGAACAGGAGCGAGCUGCUGUUGAGGCCGAGACUGAAGCCGUUCAGGAGGAGCCCGAUAUUGAAGGUGUGGAAGAGACUGGAGGAGAGCACGGUGAAGAAGGAGGAGAGGAGCAGGAGCAGGAGCAGGAGCAGGAGCGUUCUGAAGGACAAGACGAAGAAGCUGCAGCUCGAGAAGCUGAAGAGGCAGCUAUUGCGAGGGAAGAGGAAGACGAGCUCGAGGCCCUUAAAGCCAAGAAAGCAAGAAAGGGCAGAUUGGGCAGAAAAGAUACUGAACGCUUUGCCAUCUUGGAGGAGAAUGCAGCAAGGCGCGCAGAAGAACAUGCUGCCGCUGAUGCUGCUACAGCCAAUCCACCCGAGGAGGAAGAUGGUGAAGGGGAGGAGGAGGAGGAGGAGGAGCCUGAGGCAGAUGAUGAAGAUAAAGCUGACGAAGAAGAGUUGGCAAUUCAAGAAGCAGAGGAGGCAGCAGCUCGGGAAGCAGAGGAGGUAGCUAUCGCUGAAGAGGAGGAUGAGCUCGAGGCCCUUCAAGCUAAGAAGUCAAGAAAGGGCAGACUAGGCAGAAAAGACACCGAACGGCUUCGAGUCUUGGAAGAUAAUGCAGCGAAACGCGCCGAAGAACGCGCUGCUAAAGAAGCAGCAGCCGUCGACGAAAAUCUUGGAGUUGAUGAUGCUGAGGAGGAGGAAGAAGAGGAGGAAGAGGAAGAAGAGGAGGAGGAGGAAGAAGAGGAGGAGGAGGAGGACGAGGAGGACGAGGAUAUCGAUAAUGGGAAAGAGGGCAGGGGGGAGGAUGAUGCUGACGCUGAGGAGGCAGCAGCAGCAGCAGCGAGAGAAGCCGAGGAGGCAGCAGCUAAAGAGGCGGCAGAAGCCGCAGCUCGUGAGGUGAUCGCGAAAGAACUAGAGGAGCUUGACUCCCUCCAGUUCAAGAAAGCAAGAAAAGGCAGGCUGGGCAGAAAGGAUACCGAACGACUCAGAGUCCUAGAGGAGAACGCUGCCCAGCGUGCUGCAGAGCUUGCGGCCAAAGAAGAGGCUGCCGCAGCAGCAGAAGAUGAGGAAGAGGAUGUAGUCGAAUUCGGCAACCCCCCUGAAGAAGAGAAGUCGGAAAUUGAAGCCGAGGACGACGAUGAAGAAAAAGAAGCAGAAGCUGAAGACACUGCGGAUAAAGAAUCGAGCGACGUCGAAAAUGAAGCUGCUGUCGGCGAAGACGAAGAAAAAGAACCCGAGGUACUGCCAAAGGACCAAGUCCCCGAAGCCCCUGCAGAUGAUGAAAUCGUCGAGGUCAUCGACCUGUCGCCAAAGAAAGAAAGGAAGAGUAGGAAGAGCAAAUCCCGUCGCGAUGCUCCUCCACCUCCUCCAGUUCCAGAUCCUCCAUUGACGCCACCACCUGAGCCGAAGCAGUCUCGAAGGCCCAAAAUUCAUCGCGAAGGAACCUCGUUUGGUCGGUGGGCCGCGACACCACAUGAAGAGAGGGACGAGCCUCAAGAGAAGUCAAGUAGACAUAGACGGCGAGAGGAAAAGACGUCGUCUAAGGGUUCCUCGUCCGACAAAGUCGAGAAGACUCCAUCACGAUCUCGUGGCACUGCCUUGUUCAGUAAACCACCACUCACUCGUUCCACUACCAUGCGCGAGAAGAAAGACGGCAUCAGCAGCAAACGUCGCCACUCUACCAAUGCUCGCGGACUUGUGUCGCCUCCCCCUGAAGAUAUGCUCAUGGGUGAGGAUGAAUUAAGCAAUCGCCGCAAGUCGCGUAAACCUCGAUCACGCGAAGAUGAAGAUGCAAUGAUGUCCGGCGCUGCUCCUGUGCCUGAUAGGUAUGAACGACGUCGCUCACAUAAACCACGGUCGCAUGAGGACGAUGAUUUGGUUAUGGUAGAUCCUGACCUCGCGCCUGACAGACGCGAGCGCCGCCGGUCUCACAAACCACGAUCUCGCGAAGAGGAAGAAGUUGCCGUGGUCGAUACCGAACGUCGUCGGCGAGCCAGGAGAUCGAGGGAUGAAGAGCCCGUGAUGGUGGAGCCUGACGUUCCUUUUGACGCACCUCCACGAAGUUCCAAGAAGUCCUCAGGCUUCGCUGGCCUCUUCAGUGGUUUGCGAACACCCAAGACUGAACGACCUGACCCUCUGCGACGUCGCAGUACCUAUGCGACAACUGACGACGAAGCCUUGCGCAGUGCCAAAAUGGAUGGUGAUGCAGUAUUAGUAGAUGCUGACCGUGAAGCAAGACGAGCUGCACGCAGGGCCAAGAGGGCCGCUGAAGGCGGCCCUGACCCCGAGGAAGCAGCGCGUCGAACUCGAGAUGAGAUACGCCGUGAACGACGUCGACAGCGCGAGGAAGAAGCCGAUCCUCUAAGACAAGAUAAAGAGGCCCGCCGUGCUGAACGCAGACGACAGCGUGAUGAAGAUGCAAGACGAGCCCAGGAGGAGCGACAAGCGCAAGAAGAACAACAACGACUGCAAGAGGAAAAGGAGGCCCAAAGAGCUGAACGUAGGCGCUUGCGUAGAGAACAGGAAGCAGCUGCUGCCGCAGAACAAGCCGAAGAUGAAGAGGCUCGUCGAGCUGCCAAACGUGAACGCCGCCGCCGCGACACAAAGCGAGCUGCUCGAGGCGCAGAAGAAGAGGAAGGUCGUCAGCGACGAAGUCAGCAAUCCACAGACGAAUAUAAUCAGCGGAGAUCCCAUCGUCGCGAAGAGAGACCGCAGGCUCCAGCUUGGCCUCAUUCUGGAACUUCAUCAUGGGUCAAGGAACACUCUGACGCACCCCCUCCUCCUGACCUCGGUGACGGGGGUGAAGCAAAUGGUGGACAGACCGAGGACGAGAUGGCAAGACGUGAAGCUCGUCGAGCUCAUCGAUCGAAAUAUGAGGAAGAGCCGACCGAAGAGGUCGAAGAUCGGCGAAGGCGACGAGCAAGGCGAGAUGAUCGUGAGCGCGGUGGUCGAGAUAAAGAACGUCACCGAGAUAGGCGUUCGGAAGGUAGUGAUGAGCGACACCACAGCCGUCGAGCGUCAACCUUUAUGGAGGCAACAGCAACACCUCGCACAAGUUGGUGGAAGAAGAUCGCUGGAUAA